AUCUUUGGGUUUUUCUGAAAAUAUUUAGUUAAUCAAUUACGGCCCUGUUGGCACCUACUGCGCAAACUCUGUAGAAACGUUUUCUAAACUGUGACUGGAAAAUUGGAACUCGCUUAAAAUAAAUAACUUGGUAAGUUGGUCACAAUGUUUAUAAUUGACGUUUGCCAUUCCUGGCUUGGCCUGACUUUGACGUUACUAGUAUUUGGUUAUGAAACAGGAAAUUGUCAUUUUUAAUUUAUAUUUCAAUUUACAUAUAAAAUAUAAAAGAAAUACUGGUAUUUACGAAUGAAUCCGCAAUACGGUAAUAAUUUAUAUGUUACAUACUUAUUUUCUCAAGCAGAGACUAUUCAAAAUUCAUAAUCUUCCUAUUCGGUUUGGGGCCCUAAAGAGAAAAUUUAAAUAUGUUUUAGGUGGUGUACAAAAACGGCCUGGGCAUAAAUAUUAUUUUAAAGAGGAUUACCUUAAUGAAUAUGAUGCUUUUACUAAAUAUUAUAGGACUAUUUGCUCAAAUGGAUACAUUUCAAAAAUAUCCAGCGAGGUAGAUAAUAUGGGUGAUUACUGUGAUCUUUAUAAUAAUGUUUCUGAGGAUACCAAAUCCUUACAAUUAAAUUUAUUUUAUGAACCAUUUACUGAUCACCAGAAGAAUGAAAAUAUUUUAUAUGCAACUGACCAUGUAAGAAUACAGCGAAACAUUGACAAGGGCAACCAAUUAAUAGCAACACGAAACUUAUCGAGAAAUACAGUAUUAAUAAAUGAAAAACCAACAGUUUUACAAGUUGCUCCACUAUGUAGCUGUGUUGGAGAUAGUCGUACAUCCCUCUAUAGAUGUCAUCAUUGUGGAACAUCAUGCAAGCAGUUUUAUACAUGUGAUAGUUGUAACGUGUGCACGUUUUGCUCAAGAAAAUGUCUAACUAUCGCGUGCAAAGAGUACCAUGUCUAUGAAUGCUUCGGGCUCCAGAGGCAUUUCUGGUCUAUGGAUGAUACGGAUUAUGGUUACAUAUCUUUUAGAAUAUUGUUAUAUGGAGCCACAAAAGAUUUUAAUACUGACUUUACUAAUUAUUCUUAUGGGAACGUUGAAAAUAAUUAUCCAUUUAUUUAUGGAUUGGAAAGUCAUUUUAAAGAUAUGUCUCGUACAAAGGUCAAUAAAAUUUUAUAUAGUGCUGUGAGAAACUUACUCUACCUCAGAAAUAAAACGAACUUCUUCAAGCCAUACAAAACAAAGCCUAAUAUUGAUGAUAUGUACAUGUAUAUCGGCGGUUUAUUAGUGAAGCACUAUUGCCAGGCUCAAAUAAAUAGUAUAAUCUUAAAAUUUCCGAACUUAAUUGUAGCCUCAGGACUUAAUAUCUCCAGUGGGAGCGGGAAAGCUAUUUGUCCUACCAUUGCUCUAAUUAACCAUGCGUGUUCCCCAAAUGCCACUAUAAUUAUAUACUCUAAUUACCUUGUCGUGAAAAGUAUUAAAUCUAUCAGAAAAGGAGAAGAAAUAACAGUGUGUUACACCGAAGUCAAUGCGUUUUUUAGCGUAGCGGAACGAAGACUAAUCACAGAACAAUUAUUGUAUUUCACUUGUAGGUGUGCAUUUUGCUUGUUCGAAGAAAAUUCGAUAGAAGCGCCAUAUAAGUGUCCGUUUUGUGAAAACGGUAAUGCGAAACAACUUGAAAAUUCAAAUACAAAACAUUUAGGAAUGUGCACUAAAUGUUUAAAGACUUUUCCGUUAGAUGCACUAAUGAAACACAUAAAACGAGCUGCCAAAUACAAAAGUGCCUAUAAUAAAACAAAUUCUUUGGAAACGCUUAAAAAACUGGAAGCGUGCUACAAACAAAUAUUUCCUCUAAAUUCUUUACAUCUUCUUGAUAUCUAUAGAUUAAUAUACGAAAAGCAUCUUGGAUUACAAGAUAAACCAAUUGAAAUUCUAAAAUAUGGUAUAUUAAUAUUUCAUAUAUUAGAGAAUGGACUUUGUACUUUAUACAUUCCUCUUCUUUCUGCGAAAGUAAUGUUUAUGUACAAAAUGGUUGACAUGAAAAGAUUCAUGGACAUUAAGCAUGUGACUCAGGAAGAAUUCGAUGUAGCCAAACAAUUUACCACGGAGGUAGUGAAACUUAAAAAAGAUCUUUUAUUUUACCUUCCCGAAGAAAGAUUGCAAUAUUAUACAUACAUUCAAACCAAAGUACAUUCUUUUUUUCAAGGGAUUACAUGUCCGUAGGUUGUAAAAACCUAUAAAAAUAUUUUAUUUGUAUAAUAUUUAAAAAAUUUAUUUUUUAUAAUAAUCGUUAAAUGUUAUGAAAAUCUUAAUUGAUAUUUUGAUAUUGUUCUUGUUCUGCUAGUAGGUUUUGUAGAUGUUUAAUAGUUUGUAAUAAAAUGUCUUUAUGAA